AUGCCUCUUCUGUCUGUCAAUAGUUGGUUUGGAACCAAGUCUCCCUUCUUCACUCAGAAUAUGCGGCACUGCGUGCCUAACCCAGGGGUUAUCCUCAUAAUGUCGCUUUUGUUUACCGGAUCAAUAAUUUUCCUAAUAAUCAGCGCGAUAGCUUUUUCGUUCAAUUCUGCACAAGCAUAUGGGAUAGCACACUACUCUACACCUUCAUCUGGAGCAUCUUCUCAAACAGAGCCAGUGACUGUUACUCUCGAACGAUUUAAUGUGGAAAAGCCCCUUUACGUAUACUACCAUCUACAAGACUUCCAUCAGAACGUUCGGUUCUAUGUCUCUAGCUUUAGUAGGAAGCAGCUCCAAUCAGACAGCUUUAAAGCCGCUGGUCUGAACAAGGACUGCAAUAAAGGGGGGACGGUAGUAGAUGAGCCAUGCGGCCUUAUUUAUCAAUCCUUAUUCAACGAUACCUUGGCUAGUACCACAACAAACGAAGUAACCUUUUAUAUCACCAGCACAGACACCUCCGCAAAUCCGUCUCAACCUAUAAAGGUUCAGUUGCCUAUUAAUACAACGGGGAUUGCCUGGAAGGAGGACAUCAAGAGCACUAGAAUGUAUGGAAAGGCAUUCCAAGCUCUUCCAAAUAGUGAAGCUGUUGCAGUAUGGAUGCGAACAGCACCCCUAAGUACAUUUGACAAGCUUUACGGACGGUUCACUGCAGAGCAACUCAAGGCCCUCGUCACAGACUCUUACACAGCGGAAACCAUAUAUGAUGCUUCGAAGGCUGGCGGUGUAACCGUGGAGUUUUCGGUGACAAAUAACUUUCCAUACGGGAAGAAGUCCAUUGUGCUGCAGCAAAUGACCGUUUUCGGAGGAUACUAUGAAACAAGGAACUUAGCAAUCUUAUCUAUAAUCUUAGGGUGUGUCAUGUUUAUCUGCGGACUUACUCUUCUCAUCAUCUUCCUCGAACGCGGACCGCGGAGUGCCAAGUAUAAGACAGUCUUAGAACAGUAUCCUAUAGUUACCAAUAGCAGCAUUCUCCUGUCUGAGCUCGAAAGGAUGGGGGACGAGAAGGUCCGCAGAACCAUACGCCAGGUAAAGGCCGAAAUGGGACUCAAGUGA